GAGCGCUGCGUCAAGACGCUUUUCCACGGUUGGAGAGCUGAGACGCUCUAAAAUCUCCGAGCAGCAGGACAAACCUGGCGCGCAGCUCUGUCACCUACACACCCUUUUUCCUGCUAUGUUUGUUUCGAUUCACACUAAACUUGCACCGUAUGGGUUAUUUAUAUCUGUAGAUGCUAUUGGGGAACACGGAGGCAGACGCAUGAACCGAAAUCCAGGCAUUUUCUUCAGCAUUUGGAUCCGGGCAUGACUUUGGUAAACAUCCUCGAGGAUAAAAGUUAAAAUGUCUGGAGAAACUGCCGACUGUAACUACGAAGGCUCAGCAGGGACAGUAAAUGCUGCAUCCUCCAACUUCAGCUGCAUUUUCAACACCACCAACCGCUCGUCCGGUGACCUCCACCUGCCAGACUUGGGUAAAACUGAUUUGGGAGGAGAUGGCGCCGCUGUUGUGAGGAUUACCAUCUCUGUCAUCUACUCCCUGGUUUGUGCGCUGGGUCUGGUUGGAAACUUACUGGUUUUGUAUCUGAUGAACUCUAAACAAGUGUGGAAAAAAUCCUCCAUCAACCUCUUUGUGACCAGUUUGGCGGUGACUGACUUCCAGUUCGUGCUGACUCUGCCGUUCUGGGCGGUGGAGAACGCGCUGGACUUUAACUGGGUUUUCGGUAAAGCCAUGUGUAAGAUAGUUUCCUAUGUGACGGCCAUGAACAUGUACGCCAGCGUGUUUUUCCUCACGGCUAUGAGCGUGGUGAGGUACUGGUCCCUCGCCUCUGCGCUCAAAGGCAGGCGGCGGCGGACGCACUGCUGCUCGGCGCGGUGCGUCACGGUUUUCAUCUGGGUCGUCGCCGUCUCCGCCGCUCUGCCCCACGGAGUUUUCUCCACCACCGUGGAGUUUUCCAACGACCACCUGUGCCUCGUCAAAUUCCCCGACACCAACGGGACCGCGCAGUUUUGGCUGGGGCUCUACCAGUCCCAGAAAGUGCUGCUGGGCUUCGUGGCGCCUCUUGGCAUCAUCUCCGCCUCCUACCUGCUGCUUUUGCGCUUCAUCAGCUCCAAAAACAUCAACACCUCCAGCGCCAAACGACGCGCCAAGGUCACCAAGUCUGUCACCAUCGUGGUUUUGUCCUUUUUCCUCUGCUGGCUGCCCAACCAGGCGCUCACAGUCUGGGGCAUCCUGGUCAAACUCAACGUGGUUCCCUUCAGCUACGAGUACUACACCAUGCAGGUGUACGUGUUCCCGGUGUCCGUGUGCCUGGCGCACUCCAACAGCUGCCUCAACCCCAUCCUGUACUGCCUGAUGAGGCGGGAGUUCAGAAAGGCGCUGAAAAAACUUUUCUGGCGGAUGACUUCGCCGACUCUGACCACGAUCAGGCCGAUCACAGCCACCACCAAGCCGGAGAUGUACGAUCAGGGCCACGUCCCGCUGGCCAUCAGCGCGCCAGAGGAGCCCGCGGUGGCGUUUUAUCCCCCAGGAGCUGUGAUUUACAACGACAGGCGAGAACUGCCGCAGAACAGCACUUAGUCUGAGGUGCCACGGACCGUUUUUCUAAUCCGCUCUGAUCUCUGUAUUUACAUGCAUUUUAAGUGAAUCCCUGCGGUUAUUGCCUGACAUUUGGCAGAAAGUUGGAUUUUCGCAAAGGUGAGAAAACCUCAAGCAACUGUCAGUGAUGAGUCAUGCUUGUCCACACAAAUUUUACUUUGGCCUGAUCUCAUUUGCAGGGUUUUUUUUUUUUUUUGUUUGUUUGUUUUUUUUUACUGCUGUUACUAAAAGAGACACCUGUGUAUAAGAAAGAAUAUAUUUUGAAUGUUCUUUGUAUUCAAUGUGCAAGUUAAAAGUAAACAUGUGAGGCACUUGCUGCUCCUUUUCUUGUUACAGUUUGUUGUCUUAAACUGUCAUUGCAGUCUCAGGCUUCAUGUUAAACUCAAUAAAAAUGAGGAAAAUGAGUUUCACAGA